ACUCACUUGCGAAACCCUAGCCUCCGGAAGAGCCAUACAAAAGGUAGAACAGCCUUCUCGCGGCUAGAGUUUUUGAGGCGGGAGCAGGCAAUCGCCUAGGGUUUCCGAGCUUCUUCCCACAAGAAGGAAAUCGAAAUGUCUGGAAGGAAGAAGACUCGAGAAGUUAAGGAGGAGAAUGUCACACUAGGCCCCACUGUUCGAGAGGGUGAACAUGUUUUUGGAGUGGCUCAUAUCUUUGCCUCCUUCAACGAUACCUUUGUGCAUGUAACAGAUUUGUCUGGAAGGGAAACCCUCGUUAGAAUUACAGGUGGGAUGAAAGUCAAAGCUGAUAGGGAUGAGUCUUCCCCUUAUGCUGCUAUGCUUGCAGCUCAAGAUGUUGCCCAGCGAUGCAAAGAGCUUGGCAUCACUGCUCUUCACAUCAAACUGAGGGCAACAGGAGGGAAUAAGACCAGGACUCCUGGACCUGGUGCUCAAUCAGCUCUUCGUGCUUUGGCACGGUCUGGAAUGAGAAUUGGCCGGAUAGAGGACGUGACUCCCAUUCCCACUGAUAGCACCAGAAGAAAGGGUGGACGAAGAGGAAGAAGGCUUUGAACUUGCCCCGCUCUUUGUUAUUGUCCAGUUGUGUUCAAGGUGAAGGCCGUGGAGUUUUUGUUAGCUUGUGCGUCAAUCCCCUCGAUUUUGCGUUUUUUCCCAUUCCUAGUUAGUUGCUUUUUCCCACACUAUUGCAAGUGAAAACAAUUUGUUUAUUCGUGGAGGGGACCUUUUUUUUUUUAAUGCUGUGGUAGUUAUAACCUGUUAAACUUAGCAAAGACCAAAUGACUCAGCGACUUUGUUUCA